AUGUCAGUUAGGGAAUACUCCUUGAAGUUUGUUAAACUUUCCAAAUAUGCUUUUUCUCUAGAGUCCAAUAGCAGGGAUGAUAUGAGCAGGUUUAGGAUUGGUGUAUCGGAGGAUUUGGAGAAGGAAUUUCUGGCAGCCAUGUUGCAUGAUAACAUUGACCAUGGUAGGUUGAUGGUACAUGCACAACAGGUUGAGAAGAGUCAUCGGAGAAAGAGAGACCGAGAGAGCAAGAAAUCCAGGUCCUCGGAUCAGUCCGAUUGGAGCAAUGGUAAUAAUUCAUUUGGAGUUCGGGAUAGGCCCAAGUUCAAGAAGGGGAACAAGCACUCAGGUACUAAUAUCUGCAAUGGGUGCGGCAAGAGUGGGCAUAUGGUCAGGGAAUGCCCACAGAUGAGGAAUCAGACCAGGACAGAUGCUCAACCUCGUCCUAGUCCUACUGCUGCAGCCGAACCUCCUAAGAGGAACAUAUUCUAUGCUUUGAAAAGUAUAGAAGAGCAACAGAAGUCAGCUGAUGUGGUCACUAGGGACAACAUUAGAGCUGAAAGGGUAUAUAGAGAUUUGCCUGAUAACUGUUCUUGA